UGUGAGAGGCGGAAUUUGAUUGGCGACUGCGUAAAGGAGCCAGGUUGGCUUUUUUGUGCAGGUCUCUGUCUUACGUGGGUGCUAGACUUUCACGGUUCCACUCGGCAACAAUGGCUGAAUACAUUGAAAUUGACGGUGGGAUAAUGGAAGGGGGAGGACAGAUUUUACGUGUUUGUACAGCACUAAGUUGCCUUCUUGGAACCAAGAUAAAAAUCCAUAAUAUUCGAGCAGGGAGAAGCACACCUGGCCUACGGCCUCAGCAUCUGUCAGGACUUGAGAUGGUUCGUGAUCUAUGUGAUGGUUGCCUUGAAGAAGCCAAAGUCGGUUCCACGGAAAUAUGUUUCUCUCCUGGUAAAAUCAAAGGAGGUAACCAUGUGGCAGAUACAAAAACAGCUGGGAGCGUCUGUCUACUAAUGCAGGUCUCCAUUCCGUGUGUACUCUUUGCUGCUUCUCCAUCUGAACUGAUUUUACGAGGAGGCACUAAUGCUGAGAUGGCUCCACAGAUUGAUUAUACCUUAGAACUAUUUCAGCCAAUCGUAGAAAAGUUUGGAUUUAAGUUCCACUGUGAUUUGUUAAUGAGAGGUUACUAUCCAAAGGGUGGAGGUGAGGUGAGAGUGAAGGUGUCUCCAAUAAAACUUCUUUCUCCAAUAAACAUGACAGAAAGAGGAACCAUUAAAAAGAUCUACGGGAGAGCCUUUGUAGCUGGAGUCCUACCAUUCAAACUUGCAUCUGAGAUGACAUCUGCAGCCAUUCGGUGCAUCAGGAAAGAACUGCGUGACAUUUAUAUAAAUAUCGUACCUGUGCAGGAGCCCAAGGAUAAGGCUUUUGGAAAUGGAAAUGGAAUUAUUGUCUUUGCUGAAACUUCUACAGGGUGUAUACUUGCGGGAUCUGCCCUUGGUAAAAGAGGGGUUUCUGCAGACAGAGUUGGAAUUGAAGCUGCUGAGAUGUUGUUGAUGAAUCUUCGACAUGGUGGAUGUGUGGACCAAUACUUGCAGGAUCAGCUCAUUAUUUUCAUGGCUCUCGCUAAUGGUGUCUCCAGACUAAGAACUGGCCCAUUGACCCUUCACACGCAGACUGCUAUGCACUUUGCAGAAUUGUUAACUAAGGCUAAGUUUACAGUAAAUAAAAUAAAUGAUCAAGAAUCUGGAUCGGGAACAUGCGUCAUAGAAUGUGAGGGGAUAGGAAUGGCAAAUCCCAACUUCUGAUAUUUGGAAUGUACGUCCCAUCCAAAAGUUAUGGAAGCUGUAUAUUUUUCAGUACCUUGGAUGUUCUUAAUCCUCAUAACUGCAUCAUGUAAGACUUGAAUUUACAGAAAUAAACAUUGCAUUACUGUACAAGGGUUUCUUGUUGAUGUACUGAUAUAAGGAAGAGAAGUUAACUGGGUAAUAGCAACCUUGAAAGAUCUCAAAACCAAGGGGAAAUACAGAAUAAUUUUUGGAAGCGAAAAGAAUUUGAGUUCCUUAAAGCAUUUUAAUCGAUUAUUUAAAAAAUCCUGUGUUUAGUUUGCUGAUCCAGCAAGAGAAAUGUUGUUAUAUAAAAUAACAUUUUAAAACAAAAAUUCUACUUUAAUGAUUAUUACAGCUUAAAAUCUCAAUGGUUUUGUGCAUGGCUCUACUGUAAUACAGCAAAUGCACUUUAAUGAAAGAUAAUAUAUUUAAAUUGUGUAUAUUUUUCAUUUGCAAUAAGUAAUAACGUCAAAUUUGCUAAGGAAUAAAAAUGAGCAGUCAUCAUUUGGAUGAAUUGAUUGGUAAUUUGAUUUCAUUUUUAUGCUUCCACCUAUUGAUCUUUUAUUUAACUUGCUACAACUGGCCUUAGGAUUUCCACGUCAUUCUGAGGAGGUGGGGAAGAGGAUGUCUGUUGUGACAGGAGGGCAUUAGGGUGAAUGUAGAAUACCAAGUCCUGGUGUCAGAACAAAGAUGACAAUGGUGGGACAAAGAGUUAAAAUAAUGCAGAAUUCUGGGGAACUGAUUGUAGGACUAAAGUACCUUUAAUAAUGUGUGUGUGAGGUUGAAAAUUUCAAAUUUAAAGCAUUAAGGGUAGAUGGAUUUUAGGUGAAUAGAAGUGUGUAAGACAUGAAGCUAGAGUGUAAUUGUAUUCAGGUCCCAGGAAAUGCAUGCAAAUGCUUUUGAAAGGGCUGUGUAAGGUGACAAGAUCGUAAAGCAUGGUCCUCUCCUUGAGUUGAGGUGUGAAAAUGAUGGCAAUGAUAUGGAAUCAUUGUCCAAGGAUUAUUUGUCUUCUCUGUCUUUGGGUAUUAAAUGCUGAUAUAACUUUUUGAGGUGAGCUAUAAUUUUAUUGAAUGAGUAGUUUGCAGUUGGAGAGGGAGUUGCGUGUAAGAGUUCAACCUGCGUUUUUUGACAUUAUAUUGGAAGAACAGAUAUAAUACUUGAGGCACUGCAUAGGUAAUGAACAGAAGUCAGCUUGGGAGAAAUUCUGGGUACAGAUAAUUAAAUUGUCACUUUCAACCCGGGUAAAAAAUUAAUACCAAUUGACUUGACUAUCCAGAAUAGAACAGUCUUGAUCUGUACCCUGGUCACCUUCGGAUGAUUGUGGUUGUGUACUAUACACAUGAUACAUUGUGGUAACUCAAGCUGGAUUUGACAACUCUGAGAUCUUUAUCAUUAAAUACAAUAGCACUAACAUCUUAACAUAAUUACUUCCAAUGACCUCUCUAAGUGACACACUCCUUUUGCACCUUUCACUCUCUAUGUUGCUAGAUCAAAAGUUCUGAAGGACAAAAGCAGUUUAAAAAUGUUUCCAACAUUUUUCACAGCAACUAAGAAUGCCAAUAUGCAAAUAUGCAAGCAUCUCUUUUUCCAGAAAACAUUUAAGAGCCUCAUUGCCGCUCCUCCCAAAUCCUGAGAGCAUCACUUUUCCAAAACAUAGUAGUAAUAGGAUGUUAGGAAACAUCUCAAUUAUUAUCAUCUAUCACUGGUAAGCUAGAAGAGUUUCAUCAUCAUCUGUGAUUCAAGUUAUAUAAAUGAGGUGAGAAUGAUAGUUUAACUAAUUGAUUUGAUUUUAAUAGUAAAUAAAUUACAAUAUUCAAAUAUGUGUAAGACUAUAAUUUUCACAUGCAUAUAGUAGAGUGAGAUAUUUAAUUGGUCUUAGUCAGAAUCGUGGAUAAUUACAACAUGGAAAUAAGUUGCUUGGCCUAUCAUGUUCCUGCUCAUUUAAGAAAGGGCAUCCUCUGUUAAGCCUUGGUAUCUAACCUACGGUAUGAUGUCCAUAAAAUGACUGUUAAAACUUGACCUAAAAUCUAAACUGUGUUUAUAGAAUGUAGCAUCAAGGCUUCUUUUGUACUCUUGUCUCAUUUUAUAAAUCUUAAGGACUACAAAUGGAACAGUGUGUGCAGAUUAUUUACUGCACUAUAGGAAGGAUGUGGUCACAUUGGAAAGAGUAGAAGAGAUUCAUCAGGAUGUUUCCUGGGAUGAAGCAUCUUGGUUAUGAGGAGAGUUUAUGUUUUUUUUUUGGAGGCAGGGAAGGCUGAGGUAGGACGUUACAAAAUUAUAUGAGGGCCAAUGAUUAGAUAGUAAAAAAAAAACUUUGUUCCCUGUACUGGAGGUAACCAAAAUAAGAAGAGCAUAGGUUUGGAGUGGAAGGUAAGAGGUUUAGGAGGAAUCUGAGGGAAAAAUGAUUUCACUCGGUGGGUGGUUUGAAUCUGAAUGCAUCACCUAAGUGGGUGUUGGAUGCAGGUAUACCAAUGACAUUUGGGGGUGGGUGUGUGUGUGUGAGAGAGAGAGAUGGCAUAGAAAGCUAGCUAUGGGUCAAGCACUGGUUUAAGGGAUUAGUUCAGAUAGAUACUCGAUAGUUGGGAUGGAUAUCGUGGGAUAAAUUAUCUUUUUCUGUGCUGUAUAGCUCUAUCACAAAUGCCUUUAUAAUGGCCUACCCAAUUUCUCCUACUUUCAAGGGUAUGCACCAAAAACAUCAUAUCUCCUUUUCCUCUAAAAUUGUAAAAUUUAGUUUAUAUCACCUCGAUAUUAGUGCCAUCAAUGUAAAUCAUUUCAAACAUGAUCUUAUUGAAAAGUAAAUAAGUACAAGGUCCAGAUUUACUCCUGCUUCUGCUUAAAUUAUUAUCUAUUUUCACUUUUUUCACUUCUCUGUAUAUUUCUUGUUGAAGUUUGUUACUAUCCUUUCCUGUUGAAGUUUCAUGGUGUCUACCAAUCUAAGUCCAUAUCAUUAACAUUAAAUUAAAAGCAAAGCUGACUUCACUGAUCCUUGGGACCUGUCACUCCAAUCUGAAAAACAGCAUUUCUAUCUCAUAUUUUGUCCUUUGACUUUUUCCUGCCAAUUCUACUGCUCCAUUAAUCCCAAUGUAAAUGAAAUAGCUCUUUCAAGAGUUCCUGAAUCUUUAUCUCUGUAUAGCUGUGGUUAAUGAUUCCUUGUAAAAUAUUCAGCAUUAAUGAAAAAGUCCUACAAUAUAAGUAUUUUUGACAAAUGCUAAUUAAAAGAAAGUCUGGUUAAAUAAGUUUCAGCUGGAGCUAUUGAAAACUCAUCUCACUGGAAAUGCUAUGAAAUGUAUGUUACCAUAUCUAUAAUUAAACUAUAUCAUUGUUUUUUCUUCUACACCCUCAUACAUUUAGGCCAAUCUAGGUGGAUUAUCAUUUAAAAGCAUUAUGCCUCCUAUUCCAUAAUCCUCUCAUAUCCCUUUUGCCGAUCAACUGUCCAGCUCUUGGCUCCAUCCCUCCCCCCCUCCUCCUAUCAUUUUGGAUCUCCCCCUCCCACUUUCAAAUCUCUUACUAGCUCUUCUUUAAGUUAGUCCUGACGAAGGGUCUCGGCCUGAAACGUCGACUGUACGUCUUCCUAGAGAUGCUGCCUGGCAUGAUGUGUUCACCAGCAACUUUUAUGUGUGUUGCUUGAAAUUCCAGCAUCAGCAGAUUUCCUCGUGUCUCCUUUUUUGUAGUGUGUUUUGAAUGUUAAUUAACUUGAAUAAAAGCAAAACAUAUUUAUUAAAUGCUAAAGCUUCCCUACAGUUUUAAUUUUCAAUACCUCAGAGUUGUAUUGAUCAGCAAUUGUUGAGGACUGUGUA